AUGUCUAGCCGACCAACCGUCGUCCUGGUUCCAGGCUCCUUCUGCUCGGCAAAUGCCUACGAUGUAAUCGUCACGCCCCUCCGUUCCAAAGGCUACGACAUCCAAGUUAUUGAACCGCCUUGCUACCCCGCAGGCUACGGACGCAAAUCCGAUGGUCCGCCACCAAACAUGUACGCCGAUGCCCAGUAUAUCAACAAACACGUGGAGAAACUAGCAGAUGAAGGCAAAGAAGUCGUCCUCGUGGCACACAGUUACGGCGGUGUCCCAGCAACCCAGAGUCUCAAGGGCGUAACCAAGAAAGAACGCGAGCAGCAGGGUAAACCAGGCGGCGUGGUCCGCAUUGCCUAUCUCACCGCGUUGGUGCCGCGCCUCGGUGAAACCUCUUUUCAGGUGCUUGGAGACCAGGGCGGUGUUGUACCUAGUGCUGGCGAAGAUGGCUGGAUGUACCACGCCGACCCCGCCCCCGUCGCCGCCCAGGUCUGCAGCGACAUCCCCCUCGCGGACGCCAUCGUCGAAGUCUCCAAAAUGGGUCGCCACUUUGGCGCCUGUUUCCUGGAUCCCCUAACCCACAUGGGCUACAAAGACGUGCCUGCGUCCUGGUUUUUCUGUGGAAAAGAUCUUGUGGUUACCCCCGAUGCGCAGCAAAAGGGGAUUGAGGCGAUCGAGGAGAGUUGGGUGGGGACGGAGAGGGAGGGCAAGAAGGUCGAUGUUACGAGGUUGGAGUGUGAUCAUUAUCCGCUUGUGUUAGAGGAUCGGAGGGCGAAGGUGGAGGCGUGGGUUGAGGGGCUUGUGGAGAAAGGGGGGAGGGAUUAA